UAUUCAGUAUCCUGAAUUUCCAGGGGACAAAAGCAUCCGUGAAGAAGCAGAGCAUGACACAGUUGCUGGACAAACUUUUGGAAGGCUACGAUAAACGACUCCGACCCGACUUUGGUCAAGGCCCCUUGAUAAUAAAAGCUGACAUCUUGAUUAGAUCCAUGGGUCCUGUAUCUGAAAGAGAUAUGAUUUAUUCAAUGGAUUGCUACUUCCGCCAACUCUGGACUGACGAACGUCUCGCAUUCAACGUUUCUUUGGCGAAUGUCUCUUUGAACAUCAAAAUGCUGGAAAGAAUUUGGUCCCCCGAUACCAUCGUCUACAAUGGACAGGAAUCUUUCCUUCACGAAAUCACCAUGCCCAACAAAUUCUUUCGCAUCAACAAAGAUGGCACCAUUCUUUACUCACAAAGACUGACCAUAAAAGCAAGAUGCCUGAUGCAACUUCAGAAAUUCCCAAUGGACAUGCAGCAAUGUCCACUCCAUCUCAUCAGUUUUGGUUACACGGAAAAUGAAGUCCUCUACAAAUGGAGAUUUGGUGCCGAGAGAGCUGUCGAUGUAAACGCUGGAAUGACGUUGUCCCAAUUUGACCUCACGACAUGCCUGCUUGGAAUGGAACGACCGCUUCAGAGAAGGUAG